AUGUUUUCACUUAGUUCGCUCUCUAAUGGUGGUGGGCACUCAGAGCAGAAAGAAAGGGAGAAGAUAAGCUAUUUUGACAUACGGAUAAACUCUCCGUAUAAAGACAUAAUCCUGAUCCAAGGAUCGCCGUUGGAGUUGUCGUCUAUACCAUUAUCAGGCAACCUAGUGAUUUCAGUGAGAAGCGACAUUGUGGUAAAAAGAAUAUCACUGAGAUUAGUGGGAAGAUUCAAGUUGGAGUUCCUGCAAGUUGGGAGGUAUAAAAAAAACAGCAGUAGUUUAGCAAGUUUAGUGAAAGAGAAACGGAAAAUAUUCGAAUGCUACUGGGACAACCUGUUGGUUUCUUCAAAGGGAGAUGUUCUCGUCGGUGGGGAUGAGUCAGAAAAUCAACAUAGCAGUAACAGCGGUGGCAGCACUAGUGGCCAAGAUGUGGACACUGGUAGUAAUGCAAUGUUUUUGAGCAAGAGGUCGUUAUCGAGCCCUGUUUUCAACAAAAUCAUUCGUAGAAAAACGCAUUCCUCUCAUAGAAAAAUAUUAGAGUUGCCAGAAAACGGCGUCACAGGAACCCCUUUCGAAGGUUUGAAGGAAAACCCCCCUUGCAGAAGUAGUAGUACCAACGCUCAUAAUAAUAACGGCCAUAGUAAUAGUAGUAAAGACGGAUCCGGAGGUUCGUAUUUAUUUCUAAUGAAGAGAGGUAACUACGAACUACCGUUCAAUACAAUGCUACCUCCAGAAGUGUGCGAAACAAUCGAGGGACUACAGAGUGGAAGUAUACUGUAUUCCUUCGAGGCCAUGAUAGACGGACGCCAGCUCUGGGAUAGCGAUCUAAGCAUUCACACCUCUUCCAAUACUACAAACGGUAGCGCAAAUAUGGGCGGGAACGGCGUAAGAACGAAAAACAAAAUUAUUGUCAAGAAAUUCAAAUAUCUCAGAAUCCUACGCACACUCUCAAUGGACAAUCUUGCUAUGCAAGAAGAAAUCAGCGUGGGCAACACAUGGCGGGACAAGUUGCAAUACGAAACUUCCAUCCCCAGCAGAGCCGUUCCUAUUGGUAGCACGACUCCUGUGAAGAUCAAGAUUUUCCCCUUUGAGAAGAACAUCCGUUUGGAUAGGAUAGAGAUGGCGCUAAUCCAGUAUUACGCAAUGAAAGAUAGCAGCGCGCAAAUCUAUGAUGACGAAAUAACUGUUGCAAAAUUCACCCAUCUAGCGAAUUUCGGUCUUCUGACGGACAAACUUGACGUUGACUGUCCCUUUACAAUGCCAGAUAACCUAAAACAAAUCACACAAGACUGUUGCAUACACGAUCACCUGAUCCGUGUCAUGCACAAAUUGCAAGUACGCAUACUUUUGCAACGCCAAGUAGAUGGCGAGUACAAGAAUCUUGAAAUUAAGGCGCAACUGCCAAUGUUAUUAUUCAUUUCGCCGCAUUUGCCAAUGAAGGGCCGUCUAGUGUUAUUUGACAAGCAUGAUGGCAAGAUUCACUUCCGCCCAGGCGAACUAGUACCCCUUUUUUUAACCACUUACUCCGCUCCUGGUCUGACUCCGGGCCCUGUGCUGAACUCCACUGCAACUGGGCACUUCACGCUCCCUCAACCGCCGCCUAAUUAUCACGAGAGCACUAACGAUCACCUUAUGCCAGCGCUACAGCCGCUCGGUGCCGACUCGGCGGAGCUGACAGUGCCUUUGUACGAGCAGGCACAGGUAUCGGCGUCGUCUUAUGCGACAGGGUCCGUACCCGCUUACUGCGACGAUGACUGA